ACUGAAGUAAAUAGAUUGUUAGCUGGGAAAUAAUUUGCUUGUUAACUGAUUUGCACUUAAAUGUGCACAUAACGUUAUCUGUAAGUUAAAUUCUAUUUUCGGAGGUCAUUUUUGGGUUCUACAAAUUUGUGAGAUAUUAAGCGUUUGAGCCUUCACCCCUAUGCACUUUCAUUUGUAGGCGCUUGACAGUACUUCGUACCAAUGCAAUACCAGCGUUGGUACACUCCCACGUGCGAUAUGUCAUUUCAGUUACCUGGAGCAUAAGUCACUUGGUAUAUAAAAUGUCAAAGUAAUUUUCUUUUGUGUUUGACAUUCCCAUUGCAUUGGGGGAGCAGCCCGUUGUGUGUGACCGCGCGUCCUCGGCGAUGGCGGAGUCCCGAGUGAAGGUGGCCGUGCGCGUUCGGCCGCUGCUGCCCCGCGAGGCGCUGCGCGAGCCGCACAUGUGCGUUCAGGUCUCGCCCGCGCACCCCGGCCAGGUGAUCGUGGGGAACCAGCGUGCCUUUACGUUCGACUUCGCCUUUGGUCCCGAGGCCCAACAGGACGAGCUGUACAGAACCUGCGUGCAGCCGCUGGUGACGUCGCUGCUGGAGGGCUACAAUGCCACUGUGUUUGCUUAUGGACAGACGGGAUCUGGAAAAACCUACACUAUCAGUGGGGGACCUGUAGUGUCUGCUUCGGGGGGGCGGAGCGGGAUCAUCCCCCGGGCCGUAGAGGAGAUCUUCCUGCAGCUGGCACGGAUGCCAGAUACCACCUCCUCAGUCAGGGCCUCCUAUGUGGAGGUGUACAAGGAGGAGCUGAGAGACCUGCUGGAGCUGGAGACCUCCCCCAAACCCCUGCACAUCCGUGAGGACGAGCGAGGGAACACAGUCCUGAUUGGUGCGCGGGAGCAGGUGGUGGAGUCGGGGGAGGAGUUCCUGACGCUGCUGCAGGCGGGGAAUGCGGCGCGGCGCACGGGGUCCAAUCAGAUGAACGAGCACUCGAGCCGCUCCCACGCCCUGCUGACCAUCGUCGUGACGCAGCGCCGCUCGGACCCCGCCCCCCUCUCCCUGGCCUCCAAGUUCCACCUGGUGGACCUGGCGGGCUCCGAGCGGCUUGGCUCGGGUGCCUCACCCCGCCACUUCCAGGAGUCCGUGCAGAUCAACACCGGCCUGCUGGCGCUCGGCAACGUGAUCCGCGCGCUGGCCAGCCCGCGCCGCCGCACCCACGUGCCGUACCGCGACGCCAAGAUCACGCGGCUGCUGCGCGACUCGCUGGGCGGCAGCGCCCGCACGCUGAUGAUCGCCUGCGUGAGCCCCGCCCCCGCCUGCCUGCAGGAGUCGCUCAGCUCGCUGCUGUUCGCCAGCCGCGCCCGCGACGUGCGCAACCAGCCCACGCUCAACCUGGGGGCGGAGCUGGGGGCGGAGCCAGGGGCGGAGCUGCGUGCCAGGUCGGGCGAGGCCAAGUCCCAGCAGGCCCGCCUCCAGGCCCUGCAGGAGGAGCUGGCCCGGCAGAGGAGGAGGAGCCUGCAGUACCGCGCCCUCACGCAGGAGGCCGCCGGUCUGCUGCUGGAGGCGCGGGAUUCCGCUCCCGGCCCCGCCCACUCCGUCCGUGUGCAGGAGUGGCUGGAGGUGCAGGAGGAGCUGGAGAACGAGGGCCCCGCCCACAACGGGGAUGGCAGGGGGACGGAGCUGGGGGCGGAGCUCCAGUGCACCAAUGUCCUGCAGCUGCGCAGGGAGCUCAACAGGUGCCAGGAAGCCCUGGCUGCUGAUGAGCAGCUUUUCUCAGAGAGGGAGCAGCAGGUGAAGGAUCUUCAGGAGCAGGUGCGCAGCCUGCAGGAGCAGUGUGAGGCUCUCCUGGCAACCCUGCAGCACGAGCGCAACGGGAGUCGCCUGCAGAGUGAGCAGCUGGUGGAGCAGCAGCUGCUUAUCGAACGCCUGCGGGACCUCCUCACCUCCAGCACCUGUCCGUCUGCCCGCCGCCCCUACAGCGUCCCCCUGAUUACACACCUACACAGAGAGUCUCGUAACCAUGGCAGCCCCAGUGUCAGGAAGGUGCACACCAGCCCUCCUGCGUACUCUCUGGAGAGGGUGAUGGCCUGCUUCCGGACACGCAGCCAGCUGCUGAAGGCACAGGUGGAGGAGGAGGAUCAGGUGCUGCUGCAGGGCCGCGAGGAAGAGGAGGAAGAGCAGCAGGGAGCGGAGGAAGAGGCAGACCAGAGCCAGGCCUUUAGGCGCUCUCUCAACCUCACCUGGACACGCGGACCUUGUGACCGCCCCUCACCCGGUUCCACCCCUGGGGGGAGGGGCCUGAGGCGCCGCCCAAACCUCCAAAGGCAGGCUGCACCCGCUGCAGGUGACAGUGUCUGUGUGGAGGCGGAGUCUUACUAUGGGGACAGCUCCAAGUGUGGGUCAGAGUCUGUGGAGGCGUGUUCCCUGAGGGCCAGUCAGGCGAAGAACCUGCAGCUGCUGGAGGCGGAGCUUCGCCAGGGCCACACCCAGCGGAGGAUGGCAGAGCCGGGCCUCAACAUCCGCCCGAAGGUUCCGCAGCAGAAGACAGAGUCUCAGUGCAGCAGCACAGAAGCACAGCUGGAGGAGCAGCGGCGGUGGCUGGAGCAGGAGGAGGAGCGGGUGCUGCAGCAGAGGCGGGGCCUGGAGGAGCUGAGGGAGGAGCUUCAGCGAAGGGAAGAGCUGGUGGCACACAGGGAGGCGCUCUCUCAGGAGAGGAGUCACAUACACCUGAAGAAGCUCCGCUCCAGCCAGGUGUUGGAGCGGGACCUGCUCAGCCUGUCCGCUCGGCUCAGCGUGGUGGACAGAGAGCUGGAGCAGCAGGGCGGGGCUGCGCUGGAGCGCCUCCGUGAGGAGAGGGAGCAGCUGUGCAGGAGGCGGGACGCCCUGGACGACAGGCUGAGCGACGGCAGCGUGCUCACUGCUGAGGAGGAGCACACCCUGUUUCAGGUGGAGGAGGCCAUAGAGGUGCUGGACGCAGUGGUGGAGUAUAAAAACGCCUCCAUCCACAGCAGGCAGUGGGCGUCGGCCGCGCCCCCCAGCGAGGGAGACAUGAUGGACAGGCUCAGCACCCUGCCCCCCCCACACAUUAAAGCACUGCUGCUCAGCUACUUCGACAAGGUGGUGAACCUGCGUGAGGAGGAGAGGAGGCUGCAUUUGCACUGCGAGGAGCUGCAGCUGCAGCUGCAGGAGCAGGUGGGCGUGGCCCGGGAGCUGGAGGCUGCUCUGCAGCGCCUCACGCUGGCCGCUGACCGCCGGCUCACAGAGCAGCAGAGAGAGCAUCAGCAGAGCCUGCAGCAGCUCCUGCACCAGCUCACAGAGGCCCGGGGUGAGGGGGCGGGGAAGAGUGUGAGGUCAAGCGAGGGGCGGAUCCAGGAGCUGGAGAAGGAGCUGUUUUUCUACAAGAGCACCAGCCGGCAGCUGAGGAGGAAACUGCGGGAGCUAAACCCCGCCUUCAGCGCAGAGGCUCCGCCCAGCAGGGGGCGUGGCCAUGAGAGCACAGAGAGCUCACUGUGCAGCGCCUCGGCCCACAACACCGAGCCGGAGGAGGCUCCGCCCUGCGGCACCCAGGGCAGAAAGCGAUUGGACGAGGAGGCAGGGCGGAGGCGGGGCGGCGCGAGGGCGGAGCCAGAGCCCCCCAGGCUGCAGGCCCGUCGCUCCAGCCUGCUCUCCUUCCAGGAGGACUCCAUAGACGCAUCCCGCCACCAGGGCCAAUGAGCUGGCUGCAUUACAGCAGCUGGUACCGCUCAGCUCUUACAGGUGUUACCCUGCUGUCACACCCAGACUCUGUGUGCAUAGAGACUCUGUGUGCAUUGACCCCCUGCUCUUAUACUGUGAAAUACCAUGUGCUUAUGCACUUAUGCAUGGACAUGCGCAGCCAGUGGAACUGGCCUCUGACACAGGCAGCUUUUUUUCCACCUGCUGCGUGUGUUUUAUGCUUGUGAACAGACCCUCAGACCGUCUCACUGAAGGUCAAACAGGCCUGUCUCACUUACACUGGCGACCUCUGACCCCUGGCUUCCUGGUCCUGUGCCUGACUAAUCAGAUGUGCCCAUCUUAGUCCUUAGAAACGUUCACCCAGUCAGUCUCCAUAACAUUAACACCCAUCAGUCAGAGCGAGUCUAAGCAUCAUGUUUUGGAGAAUUUAAUACUCUGAAUUUAUUAUUGCCAAGCCUGAUCAUGUCUUCGAUUUUGUUAUGUAUUUAAUAUGCAAGAAAUAAUUUGAUCAUUUUUGGAAGUAUGUUUGUUUUAUAUUUAUUUUUUGUAAAUAUGUAUCUGUUUUGCAGUAACACUGAGUCAUAUUUUAUUUGUAAUGUAAUGUUUUGUACGAAAUUGCUUGUUUAAAAUUAUUUAUAAUCUUAUAAUCCUUAGCAUCUUUGCUGCUUCUCCUAUCUCUGAUCAUUUAUGACUGUCAUCACUUAUCGAGUGUCCUAUAAAUCACUCAUUAACAACAUUCUCGUUAUUAAAGAUGACAUUUACAUAA